AUGACCUCUCUCACGGAGCCCGAAGACGUGGAGCCCGGCCACACGGCCAACAAGGGACCCAAGGCCUGUACCACCUGUGCCAAGGCAAAGUCGAGAUGCAUCCCGGGUCCGCCGGACAGCGACAAGUGUGAGAGAUGCCAUCGCCUGCAGAAGCCGUGUGCGUCCCAGACGCCGGCGCCGCCCCGUGCAAAGAAGGAGCCGAGGCCGACGCGGGUGGCCGAGCUCGAGAAGCGCCUCAAUGAGUUGACGUCGCAGCUGCACGCCGCGAAGACGUCGCCCGCCGCUGCCACGACGACGACCACCGCCACGACGACCAGCACUGUGGUGCCGUCUUCUUCUUCGCACCCGUCGCCCUCCGUCGCGCGGCCCGCCGCCAAACCCGUCGGCGUCCCCUUCGGCCACCUCUUCCCCGGCGCCGGCGCCGCGCUGGAUCCCCCACCCGUCGCCGCCGCCGCCACCGUCGCGAGUCCGACCUCGCCCGAGAGCCUGCCCAGCACGCAGGCGACGCCCAUGCCGUCCGACGCAUCGUCGUCGGCGCGCGCCCGCGAGAUCACCUGGCCCACCGGCGCCCAGGCCGACGCCGACCUGCGCCUGUACCGUGGCGGCAUGCAGGACCUGUUCCCCUUUGUGCUGCCGCCGCCCGACAUGGACGCCGAGACGCUGGCCUCGGCGCGCCCGUUUCUCUUCAAGGGCGUCGUCGUCGUCGCGAGCCACUACGACGCCUACCGCCAGCUCGUGCUCGGCGACAGGAUGCUGGCCGAGGUCGCCCAGGCGGCCCUGACCAAGCCGCACAAGAGCCUGGAUCUGCUGCAGGGGCUGCAGCUGCUGGUUGCCUGGUUCCACUACAACAUGAACAGCUACCAGCUGACGAACCUGCUGUACCUGGCGCGGUCCAUGUGCGUGACGCUCGGGGCCAGGGACGCGCAGGUCGGUCUCACACCGACGGAGGCCGCCGCCCGCCGCCUCGAAUACAUGCGCGCCUUUCUGGGCUGCUACUACCUCAACGCGCUUGUCUUCACAACGAACAAGAGGCCAGACGCCUUUAUGAACACGACCUACCUCGAUGGCUGCUGCAAGGCCGUCGAGGACGAGGCCGAGCACGCGAGCGACGUGCUCCUCGUCAAGCUCUUCCGCAUCCAGCAGCUCGCCCAGACCAUCUCGCUGACGCUGGGCGCCGACAGCGCGGCGUUUCCGUCGAUGCAGGUGCCCCUGACCAUGGUCGUGCAGUCGUUCCAGCAGCAGCUCGACCUCUUCAAGUCGACGCUGCCGGCCGCCGUGCAGACCAACGCGACGCUGCUCUCGCACGUCGCCAUCGCCGAGGUCCUCCUCUACGAGAUCGGCCUGCCCGAGAGCCACAAGACGGGCGCCCUCAUCCCGCACACCGACCGCCUCGGCCUGCUCUGGAACUGCCUCACGGCGGCCAAGACGUUCAUGGACAUACGCUUUGCCGCGUCGAACCUGCGGCCGCGCUUCAUCUGCCUCAACGCCUCGGACUGGCUCUUCGCCGUGCUCGUCGCCCUCAAGCUGCGCACCAUGGAGCUGCCGGGAUGGGACCUCGGCGUCGUCGACGCGCACCUGCCGCUCGAGCAGAUGGUCGACAGGCAGAUCCAGGACAUGGACCAGCUCAUCGCCAAGCGCGCCGAGGGCAGCCGGCCCGGCGACGCGCUCGCCUGCUCGUCGUCGCAGUCGCAGGGCUUCCUCGACCCCUACGAGCGCAACCGGCAGGUCAUCAGCCACCUCAAGUACCUCGCGGCGCGGGAGCUCAACGCCCUGAGCGAGGCCGCCGGCCGCACGCCCGAGUGCGGGCUGACGGUCGUCGCGGCCGUCGCGGCCCAUGCCGCGUCGGCCGGUGCGCCGCCGCAUGCUGUGCCGCCGGGCCUGUCGGGCGGCGGGCUGGCGGGGCCGGCCAUGGCGACGGACACGAUGAUGCGGGAUCUCGACGCGUCGUUCUGGUCGGAUGCCUUUUCCGACCCGAGCUGGCUGUUUGGCGAUACGGCGACGGCGGCGGCCGCAGAGAUGGACUGGAAUUAUUGA